AUGAAAGCAUUGAUUCCGGCUGCGUAUGGACGUGCUUUGUGGGUCGAACAGUUCAUUGAGGAGGACAGUCAAAAUCAGCAUGGUUGUGUAGACAAGCAGAAACUUCUUUUCCCGAAUAGUAACGAAGAGAAUCACGGAAUCAACAGUCGUUUCACAUGUCAUUCUUCUAACGGGGAGCGUAAUUUUCCUAAGAAAUUCGCACUGGUGAAAGCGAGCUGUAAUUCUGUGUCGAACAGAAAUUACAUGCUUCCAUUCGACGACCAGAUAAAAGGAAUGGUCCUACAUGUGGAUCGUGAGGAAAAAUGCCUGUUUGUAAGACCGCAGAUUUUGGACGAAGCAUUUACUGUGCUGGAGAAAAAUCUUUUUGGUAUCCAACGAAUGACACUGCAGCGCCCAGGACCAGGACGAAUCACCAUUGGUAAGCAGCUUGCUUUUUACCAGCAUCAGUUUUCACAAGUGACGCUGAACUUUCUCGUAUUAGGAAGGCGUCAAAGUUUUAAUUAA